AUGAUCAAGCGGCCGCCGGGGGUCGCUGUAGCCGCAAUAACAAACAUGGAGCAGCUGCUGUCUGUGCGAGUUUACAACACCCUUCAGAGUGUGGGCUGUCCUCUGGUGGACGGGCUGUACCUGCGGGAGCCGGACAGUGUGCACGAGCUCCUCUGCUCUCCUUCUUUACACAGGACUGAUAUCCUCAAGUGGAUUUGCGCCAGCAUUUGUCCAUCCCUAAAGGAGAAGUUUUCCAUAAUUAAAGCAACUCAGAAAGAGGAUUAUGUUACAGAACUCGCACGGUUUGGUUUUGAAAUGAUGUUAUGUAAAGCUAACGACCAGGAUUUAAUCAAGGGUCUUGCACCACCAUUACAGCAGCUGAGGUUUCUGGAGCAGCUUCUAAUGGUCAUUCAAGCAGACUCCUCCAUAAACUUUAGGCUGAACUCAUCCUCUUGUGAUGACAGUGUGAGGAACGAUGAUCUUCUUCAGGAACUAAUGUUUCAGGAUCACUUACCAGACCUGAAUGUGCUCCUGAAUCCAGUCUGCAACCCGUGGCCUGCACAUAUCCGUGAACAUCUAAUACACACACAGUCAACUCACAACAAAACGAAUGGAAAACAACACAGUAAACCGAGUGAUAUCAUGAACAGGAGUGAUCAACAUUCCCGACUAGGAAGUCAUGGAGAAGAAAGCCUGACAGAGGCCAUGGCGCUGCUGCAGUCUACGCAGAGCACACUAGUCGAGCUCCACAACGAGCGUGAGUUCCUGCAGUCACAUUCGUCAGGUUCGGCAGCUGUUCUGUCCCCCUGUGUGCUGAAAGUGGCCAUCUCAGACAUGUCUCAUUCUGGCGCUAUAGUGUUUCAGUCUGUACAUCAGCUCCUGCACACCUGUAAUACGGAGCUGGAACCUCUUAUGCAGCUGUAUGAAACCUCAUCGUCUCUCACAAAGACAGAAGAGCAGUACUGGUCUAAAGGGAAGAAGUGCACGCUGCCCGAACGGAUGUUGGAGCUAAAGAACAGAUAUGUGGCUUUUCUCUCCCUUCACCAAUCAUAACCUCAAGGACUAAGCAGAAAUCUACAACCUUCAGCUUGGAUUUAAUUAAUGAAAGGCAUGAGGUGUCAAACAUAACCAAUCAGACCACUUAUUUACAUGUUCAGGACUGUUCCCAUGCCCCAUGCCAUGCACUGUUAUGCAGAUUUAUACUAGGAAUAAAUAACAAACUGCAAG